GCCGCUCUUCCGCAGGGCGCCGGCGGGGUAGGCCGCCCUUUGGCAGCGGGUAGGCCUCCCUUUGGCGGCUCGGCAGCAAACACGGUCAGUGGCGAAACCCGGCCGAGUGCGGGCUGGAUGAGAGCGCGCCAUGGACUUGGUGACCUUUGAGGAUGUGGCUCUGCACUUCACCCAGGAAGAGUGGGCAUUGCUGGAUGCUUCCCAGAAGAUUCUCUACAGAGAUGUGAUGCUGGAGACUUGCAGGAAUCUGACUUCUGUAGGCAUAAAACGGGAAUGUUGGGAUUUGGAAGCUUAUUACAGAAAUCUAGAGAGAAAUCUGAGACUUAAAGUUGUAAAGAUAAACUGUGAACCUACCGACAAUGGCCAAUGUAGAGAAGCUGUUACCCGAAAUCAAGUUAGUGUCACAAACAAGAAAAUGCUUGAACCAAAGCUUCCUUCAUGUGACAUCAUCAGUCAAUCAUCCCUGAAGAGGCAUAAACACAAACCGUGCGACUAUCGGAAAUACGUAAAGAAAUACUAUGAAUGUGAAAAAUGUGGUAAGGCCUUUACGUGCCCCAGCUCCCUUAAAAAACAUAAGAAAGUCCACACUGGAGAGAAGCCAUACAAAUGUGAGUAUUGUGAGAGAGCCUUCAGUUACCGGUACUGUGUUGAAAGGCAUAUGCUUACUCACAGUGCAGACAGGCAUAAAUGCAUGGUGUGUAAAAAAACAUUUCCUAAUUCUGUUGCCCUUAGGGAACAUAAAACAUUUCACUCUGGAGAGAUCCCUGAAUGUAAGGAAUGUGGGAGAAUGUUCUGGACUUCCAGUUCUCUAGAUAUGCAUAAAAGGCUUCAUACAGCAGAAAAACUCUAUGAAUGUAAAGACUGUGGGAAAGCCUUCAUGAGUUACUGUUCCUUUAAACUCCAUCAAAGGACUCACACUGGGGAGAAGCCUUAUGAGUGUAAGCAGUGUGGGAAAACCUUCAGACAUUCCAGCCAUGUGCAAGCACAUAAGAGAAUUCAUACUGGAGAGAAACCUUAUGAAUGUAUGCAGUGUGGAAAGACAUUCACUUCCGGCCACUGUGCAAGAAGACAUUUAGGGACACACAGUGGAGCCUGGCCUUACAAAUGUGAGGUGUGUGGGAAAGCUUUUCCCUAUGUCUAUUCCCUUCGAAACCACAAAAAAUGCCACGCCAAAGAAAAACUUUAUAAAUGUAAACAGUGUGGCAAAACCUUUAAAUAUGCUGCUUCCUUGCGAAACCAUGAGACCACUCACACCGGAGAGAAGCCCUAUGAGUGUAAGGAGUGUGGGAAAGCCUUCAGUUGUUCCAGUUACAUUCAGAAUCACAUGAGAACACACAAUGGACAGCCCUAUGUAUGCAAAGAAUGUGGUAAGAUGUUCUCAUAUUCCAAAAGUCUUCGAAGACACAUGAAUAUCCACAAUUAAUGGGAGAUGGAUAGUUUUAAGUGUAAACUAUAUAGAUCUCCAUACAUUACAGCUCCUUAUUUAAAAAAAAAAAAAAAUCACAGUGGAAAAUGAGCCUAGAAUGCGGUAUGCGUGCCAAAGUCUCAGUACGUGCCACAGUUUGAUGUGCCAAAACCCUGCAGGCUGAAAGAUCAUUGGUAAGCACUUCAGCACUGAGGAUCUCCUGACGAUGAACACUCAGAACUUGGGAAAGCUUUUGACCGUCCUUGCUAGCACACACGGGAAGACACAGUGAAGAGAAAAUUGUUUUGCUGUUAGCAGUAUGGAGAAAAUUUUGUCUCUCCUACUUUACCUUGAACUUCAGUAGUAUGGGAAAGUCUUAAAUAACAUAUAGCCUUAUGACAUUUACAAACCUCCAUAGAUCCAAUCUUUAAAUGGAAGAAAUACUUGGUCUCUUGCAAAGUUAGCAAAUGUUUUCAGAUCCAUGAAGUGAGUCCCCAAAUUUUGUAAACCUAAGAAGUACAAAACCUGUUGUUCUGGAGCCUGCCAGUAAAGUCGAACAGUACCUGAAUGGGGAGUGAGUAUUGAAAGAAAGAAAGCAAGACACAAGAUCAGCUUGAGAAGGACUGUCAGCGAAUACUGCAGCCCCGAGUUUACUCAGCAGCUCCUUUUUAUAGGCAAAGCAAAACAGGUCACAUCAACACAAGGAAGGGGUUCAUGGAGCCAUCAAACUUCUUAAACCACUUCCCUGUAGCAGAUAUGGUCCAAGGUCACAGAACAAGGUAAAGGAACUUGGCAAAACACCUUGCUUAUCUCUGUUCCAGGGUGAAAACAUGUUUUUCGCUGAAAAUAGUGUAUUAGCUUGCCAAACAAGCAGCUUACCACAGGCGCCUCCCUUUUUUAUUUUCUAGGAAAGACCAUAGCUUAAGAGCUAUGGAGCAGAAGAUUGUGCUUGCCGCUCUUGAAAGAUAUAUUCUUACUUGUACUGGUAAUGAAUUCCAUCAUUCAUGCCCUCUCUUAGGUUGAAUAUUCCUCGGUGAGAUCUUACUCAGUGAGAUCUUUGUGUCUACCAGCCACUGCUAGGGUAGAUGCUGGAGUUUAAUCUUAUGCAGAUCAGCUUUAACAUUCCAGAAGGCCUAAUAAGAGUAACAAGCCAAGUCCUGUAACAGUCCAUAAAAGUGACAUUAAAAAGAAGGAUUACUCUAAAAGAGGUCCUGAAUGGAUUUCCUUGCUGAGGGAUGAAGUUCUGUAGCACCCCAUGACAUUGUUGGGGUGCCUGGGCUGGCCCCUCUUUCCAUUUCCCUUCAUUAAAGGGUCUCCUGUGGCAUCUUUUUAGAGCUACAUUCAGUAGCCCAAUGCUUUCCUCUUACGUAUUGGGCAUAGACCAGGUUCCUUUUGAUUCCCUUCUUACUAGCAUUAGGACAAUUCUUUUUCUAUGGCAAAUUUUCCAUUUGCCAUAACCACUUCCUGGAGGUCCCAGUACUCUAUUCUUUGAGCCUUUCACUGAAAUAAUACCUCUUUAAUAGGCUUCCCUUGUAGAGCAGCAGCCAUAGCCACUUCUUGAGUAUAAGACAGCCCAAUGUCAGAACAUAACAUAAUACAGUCAGAAGUAUUUCCUUUCUUCCUAAAGGGUCUCAAAACUGCUUGGCAAGCACUGCUAACAUUUUCAUAGGCCAAUUGUUUUACUAAUAAUAAUCCAGAGUCUUCAUCACCUAUAAGUAGGCUUGCUGUUUGCAUGAAUCUACAAAGUCUUGAAAUAAUUCAUCAGGUCCCUGACAGAUUUUAGACAAAUCCUCCACCUGUCUGUUUGCACAAGUUUAUUCCAGGCCCUUCUGGCAGCAGCAUUUACUUGAGCAUAAAUGGCCACAUCGAAAUCCAACUGCUGUCAGUUUCUCUGUGAUUCCUUCUCCAGCAAGCAUGUUAUAAGUUUUAGGAACUCCUUUAGCUCAAUUGAUUUUACCUGUAGUUUGACACUGCUCAGCAAAUUCAAACUUCCAUAAUAUAUUAUCUCCUCCAGAUAAACAUGCUCUUGCCAAUUGCUUCCAGUUCCCUGGGCAGAGGGCCUCACAGACAAGGACUCUUAACAGCUUGAGUAAAGGGUGCUGUAGGACCAUUUUGGGCACAUGCAGUUUUUAAUUGCUUAAAAGGUAUAGGAGCAUUGCCACGUCCGUCUCGCCAGCUGCGCAGGCUGCAACAGCCCUGUGACAAGCUUGGUGAAACCUGUAGGAGCAUGAAGUUCUCCAAGGGGAUGGAUAAGGCUCUGAAGCCUGGACAUUUGUUUAGGCGAAGACUCGGGCCUCCUGGGAUGAGGAAAUGGCUGGGGUAACUCGGAUGGCUUGGUUUCACUUUUGAAUUUCUGCUUUGUCUCAUAGCGAUUGCACACACUUCUUGGAAAGAAAUGGGGGCAUCUUUGAAAGCCCUGCUUUCCCAGAAAUUAUGUCUCAAUAGAGGAAAUUCAAUUCAUUGAGACUGGGCUUGAAUCAACUCUUAGAAAUGCUAUAUGUAACAAUUCUGAUAAUAUUUUCAAGUAAUCAGUUGCAAAAUAAUUCUAGUUUACCACUAAAUUUAGCUUUACUUUAUCUUCCCAGGAUAGGAACGUAUUCUGUUCCAAGUAGCUGAUGCAGUUAGUGAACCUUAUGAUAGUACAUGGAGUAAAAGGAACAGGGGAUGGAAAGCAGAGGCAGAUGUCUGUAAAAGUUAUGAAGCCUGAAAAGAACAUUUUGAGAACGUUUGGAAUCAAAGGCAAGAUUAGCAUAAGAAUGUCUAUACUGAGCCUAACGAUCUGGAACUUGUCCCUGCUAUGGUCUUGAUCAGGGGUUAAGCAAGGUUAAUUGAUCACGCUUGUUAUGAUAAUAUCAGCCUUUUUUAGUUGAACCUUUGACCUUUUUAUGGUCUUUUUUUAGAAGUUAUGUUUGAUGACUAUCUGUACUACGUGGCCACCUAUCUUGGCACUCUUACAAAUUCCUCUUAAUGGUUUUUUUCUGACUGUAUAAAUUGACUACUAAAACAGUAAAGUUUUGCAGCAGCAUAAGAA